AUGAUAAAAUACACGAAACCUACAAAUAUGCUAUUUUUUCUUAUAUAUGUAAAGGUUGGUACAAGUUAAUAAUUUCAAUUAGGGAUAUCACUAGAUUAUUUAUAAAAAUACAAAGAGGCUAUUUCUUGCUAUGAUCAAGCUCUUAAGUUAAAUCCCCUAAAUCAGGAAUCAUUUAAGUAUAAAGGAAUUUCUUUAUCCUAACUUGGACACAAUGAGAAAUCUCUUUAAUGCUACAAUUAAUGUAUAGAGCUAAAUCAAAAAGACAUAGAAAUAUAUUAUCGAAAAGGAAUUUCAUUACAGUUUUUAAAUCGAUUUGAAGAAGCUAUAACAUGUUAUGAUAUAGCUCUAUAAUUUUCCUCUUAAUUUAUUGAGAAUAAUUAGGUAAAAGCCCAGGUUUAAAUUACUCAAAAGAUAAAAAAUCAAUAUGAAGAUACCAUUUCUACUUAUAAUGAAUUUCUUGAGUAAAAUCCAAAACAUCUUUAAACCUAUAUUAACAAAGGAAUAUUACUAAGCUAAUUAGAGAGAUACGAAGAGGCUUUAAUGUGCUAUAAUUAAGCAAUCAAUUUGAAUGCAAGAAACUUUGAUGCAUUAAAUGGCAAAGGAAUCUCAUUACAUUAUCUAAAAAGAUAUUAAUUGGCACUUGAUUGCUUUGAUAAAGCUCUAAAAGUUAAUGCUUCAGAGAUUAGAGCACUUGUUAAUAAAGGAAUUUGCUUAACUCAAUUAGAUAGGUAUUAAGAGGCAAUAAUAUUUUAUGAUAAAGCCAUCAUGAUAAGCAAAAGCUUACUUAACUAUUUUAUUUAAAAAGGAAUUCAAUUAUAAGAAAUAAUACUUUUUAAUAAAGCUAUUUAAAAUAAUAAAGAAGAAGGUAAUAGCUUUUUUAAUCCGUUAGAAUUUAAAGAUAAAUAACAAUAAUCAAUUUAAACAUUAACCUUCUCUGAUUAGUAAAUUAAUUCAUUUACUUAAAUUGAUAAGAUUUAUCUUAAUAAAGGUGUAGCAUUAAGCUAAUUAUAAAACUAUGAAGAAUCUUUAUUUUGUUAUGAGUAGGCUCAAAAAAUAAAUGCCAUUGAUCCAGAAUCUCAUAUUUAGAAAGGGAUUGCUUUGUAUUAUUUAAAUCGAUUUGGGGAAUCAAUUACUUGCUAUGAUUAAGCUAUAAAAUUGGACUCAAAAAAUAUCAAGUGUUAUCUAAAUAAAGGAAUGGCUUUAAAUCAAUUAGACUAAUACAAUGAAGCUAUAGUUUGUUUUGACAAGGCAAUUUAAAUAGAUCCAUAAGAUUAUGAGAUAUUUUAUAAUAAAGGUAUUUAAGAUACUUAAUUAGAAUAAUACAAUAGUGCUAUGUAUUGUUAUGAUCAAGCGCUGAAACUUAACCCAAAAUAUCCUGAUUUAUAUAUCAGUAAAGGAAUCUCCCUACAUAUGCUCAAACGAUAUGGUGAAGCUAUCUAAUAAUAUAAUUAUGCUAUUGAAUUGAACAAAGAAAAUGCGGAAGCUUAUUAUAGAAAAGGAUUUUCAUUAUAAGUAUUAAAGAAAUAUUAAGAGGCUCUGAAUGCGUAUGAUCUUGCGCUUAAAUUUAAGCCAUAAGAUAUAAAGGUAAUUAUUAAUAAAGGUAGUAUAUAUUUUAUUUGUUAGGGAUAUCUUUAAAAAAAACUUUUGAUUUUUAAUUGCUUAAUGCUAAUAGAAUAACACCAAGAAGCGAUAAUUCAGUUUGAUCAAGCUAUUUUAAUUAACCCAAAUGAAUUAGAUGCUUAUAUUUGGAAGGGAUUCUCACUAGAAAAAUAGCAUAUGUAUGUAAAGGCAAUCCAAACAUAUAGACAAGUGCAAAUCUUAUAAGGAAAUUAGGAGAAUGAAUAUUAAUUAAAUAUUUUUGCUUGGCAAAAACAGCACUGA